UUUCCUCAUGCGCAUGCGCAAACAUGUUGACUUGCUGACAACCAUUGAAAUCGCUCAGCGAAGCUUUUCCUUCCUUUUAUUAUAAUCGAGUUCAUCGAUAAAUUUCUUUGCUCGGUUCGAAGCAUAGAUUCAUGAACAUCGGAUGAGAUUGACAGAACAGAAUUGUUAUUAUCUUCUAAAGACUAAGAGGGAAGAUGUUAUACAGAACAGAUAUAACCCUGUUUGCAUGAAUCUAUCGUGAAUUUUUGUGAACUGUGAUUAAUCUGGUGGAAGAAGAUAAUUUAUAAAAAAAAAUAAUAUUUAUGUGAGAGACUUAAGAAAUUUGAAGGAGUCAUUCUUUUCCUAAAGGCAUGCCAAAAGUAUUAGAAAAAUCCUACAACUGUGAUAUGUGUAAAAGGUCAUUUUGUAAGGCCGUUACACUCACCACUCACAAAUGCAUUAAUUCCCACCACUGUGAUGUCUGUGGUAAAUCAUUUACUCGUGCAGAUAGUUUAAAUUCACACCGAUUUACUCAUACAAGAGAAAAACCACAUAGCUGUGGAAUUUGUGGUAAAUCAUUUUCUCAUAAACAUCAUUUAGUUAGACACAACUAUGUUCAUACAGGAGAGAAGCCAUAUCACUGUAAUAUCUGUGGUAACUCGUUCUCCGAUGGGAGUACUUUAACUAAACACAAACGCAUUCAUACAGGAGAGAAACCAUAUCGCUGUGAAAACUGUGGCAUAUCAUUUUCUCAGAUUAUUCACUUAACAAGACACAUAAAAAGCCAUACAGGAGAAAAACCAUAUCAAUGUGAUUUCUGUGAUAAAUCAUUCUCUCAAACAUAUAUUUUAGCUAAACAUAUACGGACCCAUACUGGAGAAAAGCCAUAUCAUUGUGAUAUCUGUGGUAAAUCAUUCUCUGAUAAAUGUGUCUUACGUAAUCACAAACAGAUUCAUGUGGGAGAGAAACCAUAUCGCUGUGAUAUUUGUGGUAAAUCUUUCUUUGUAAGUAGUUGCUUAACCAAUCACUUACGCAGUCAUACAGGAGAGAAGCCAUAUAGAUGUGAUAUCUGUGGUAAAUCAUUUUCUGUAAAGGGUAAUUUAACUAGUCACAUACGUGUUCACACAGGUGAGAAACCACAUCAUUGUGAUAUCUGUGGUAAUUCAUUCUCCGAUGGAAGUACCUUAACUAAACACAAACGCAUUCAUACAGGGGAGAAACCAUAUUGCUGUGUUAUCUGUGGUAAAUCCUUCCCUCAAAUUAUUCACUUAACUAGACACAUAAAAAGUCAUACAGGAGAAAAACCAUUUAAAUGUGAUUUCUGUGAUAAAUCAUUCUCUCAAGCAUAUAUUUUAGCUAAACAUGUACGGACCCAUACUGGAGAAAAACCACAUCACUGUGAUGUCUGUGGCAAAUCAUUCUCUGAUAAAAGUAGCUUACGUAAUCACAAAGAGAUUCAUGGAGAAGAGAAAGCGUAUCACUGCGAUAUCUGUGGUAAAUCAUUCUCUGUAAGCACUUACUUAGCCAAUCACAAACGCCGUCAUAGAGGAGAGAAACCCUAUACCUGUGAUAUCUGUGGGAAUUCAUUUACUGUAAAAGGUAGCUUAACUAAUCACAAACGCAUUCAUACAGGAGAGAAACCAUAUCACUGUGAGAUUUGUGGUAAAUCAUUUUCUGUGAAAAGCGUCUUACAACAGCACAAACACGUUCAUACAGGAGAGAAACCAUAUCAUUGUGUGACCUGUGGGAAAUCUUUUCCUCAGCUUAUUUACUUAACUAGGCAUAUAAAAAGCCAUACAGGAGAAAAACCAUAUAAAUGUGAUUUUUGUGAUAAAUCAUUCUCACAAAAAUUUAUUCUUAUUAACCAUGUACGGACCCAUACUGGAGAAAAACCAUUUCACUGUAAUGUCUGUGAUAAGACAUUCUCUGAUAAAAGUAACUUAAGUAGGCACAAGCAGAUUCACGAAACAACAAAACCAUAUCGCUGUGAGAUUUGUGGUGACACAUUCUGUGAAAAAGAAAGCUUAACUGAACACACAUCUAUUCAUACGGGAGAGAAACCAUAUCAGUGUGAUAUCUGUGGCAAAUCAUUUUCUAUAAAGUCUACUUUAACUAAUCAUGGACGCAUUCAUACUAGACACAAACCCUAUCAGUGCGACAUCUGUGGUAAAUCAUUCUCUCUAGGAAGUACCUUAAAACAACACAAACGAAUUCACAGAGGAGAGAAACCACAUCGCUGUUAUAUCUGUGGUAAAUCAUUUCUUACAACAAAUAACUUAAAGAAACAUAUGUCUAUUCAUACUGGAGAGAAGCCAUAUGAGUGUGAUACCUGUGAUAAGACAUUCUCUGAGAUCAAGGACUUAACUAAACACAAAUCCGUUCAUACAGGAGAGAAGUAAUAUUACUGAUGGUUUUUGUAAUACCCUCUCAAUUAACUGUACAUUUGUAUUGAUGUCACAACUCAUUCUAUGAAACUAAUAUGUAAACAUACAUUAUAUACACAGAUAAUAAAAUAGUAU